AUGCAACUGAGAUUUUUGAUUCUGACUUCCUUCACAGUUGUGGGGCUUCGUUGUAUCGUUGAAGCUACAACUGUCAUGAUCAAUGCGGCUCCCGGGGGCCCGGAAUUCCUCGUCUCGUCUCCUCAAUUUCCAUGUUUUCGGUCCAACCCCCGGCGAUUUUCUGUUAGCGUCGGUGCGGCCGUACCGUUUGGCGUGGUAUGGCGUACCGUAUACCACGUGCCUCGUGCCUUCCAAGGCGCUCUUGCGCGAAUGAUUUCCAGUCCGUUCAACCUCGAGGCGGCGUCAGCUUGCAAAGGUCCGGGCACCUCCUAA